AAAUUAAUUUUUAGAUUGAAAAGUUUUUGGAUAUAAACUAAGUGUACUACUGAAACAAUAUUUUUACUCAUAAAAUUAAGAGUAUAGACUAUGCUUUGGUUUGGUGUUCUAUUUCAUUCAAAAAACAGAUGUUUUAUAUUCUAGGAAAGCAUUGAAAUGAAAAGCACAACUUUAUAACUGUCCUCAUCAUAAACUAAUAUUCACUAAAACAUUAGUGUUUCCUACACAAGGUAAAAAUAUAAUGAGAGUAGGGUAAAUUAGUAGAAGCAAACAAUACAGAGCUACAAAUAUUUUAAGCACAGUUCUCUAGUACAACACACUGCAUUUCACCCUAGAGAAAGAAUGUUGGCAAAGACCUCCACCACGUGGAAACUAAUUUUAAAGCUGUUGGACCCUAAAAUUUUAUUCAGCAGUUUGAAAUCAAUCCACAGCUUUCCUCAUUCACCUUCCCACUUGGGGCUAAUGCACAGGCAUGAACAUCUAUUCAGGAAAACCACAAAAAACUUCAAAACAGCUAAAACGGGAAAAAGAGAAUAUUGUCCUACGGUCAGCAGGUCACUAGUUAUUAACUUGGAGUCACCUUGAUUUUUGCUAAAAUGAAGACUCUGCAGUCUAUACUUCUUCUGUUACUGCUUGCGCCUUUGAUAAAGCCAGCACCACCAACUCAGCAGGACUUACGCAGUAUCUAUGAUUACGGAACAGACAAUUUUGAAGAAACCAUAUUUAGCGAAGAUUAUGAGGAUAAAUACCUGGAUGGAAAAAAUAUUAAGGAAAAAGAAUCUAUAAUAAUACCUGAUGGGAAAAGUCUUCAAUUACAGAAAGAUGAGAGUGUAACAACCUUACCCCCCAAGAAAGAAAAUGAAGAAAUGCCCACAUGCCUGCUGUGUGUUUGUUUACUUGGCUCUGUAUACUGUGAAGAAGUUGACAUUGAUGCUGUACCACCCUUGCCAAAGGAAUCAGCCUACCUUUAUGCACGAUUCAACAAAAUUAAAAAGUUGACUGCCAAAGAUUUUGCAGACAUACCUAACUUAAGAAGACUUGAUUUUACGGGAAAUUUGAUCCAAGAGAUAGAAGACGGUACUUUUUUAAAGCUUUCUCUAUUAGAAGAACUUUCACUUGCUGAAAACCAACUAUUGAAACUUCCAGCUCUUCCUCCCAAGCUUACUUUACUUAAUGCAAAAUACAACAAAAUCAAGAGUAGAGGAAUUAAAGCAAACACAUUCAAAAAACUGAAUAACCUCACUUUCCUCUACCUGGACCACAAUGCCCUGGAAUCUGUGCCUCUUAAUUUACCAGAAAGUCUCCGAGUAAUUCAUCUUCAGUUUAACAACAUAACUUCAAUUACAGAUGAUACCUUCUGUAAGGCAAAUGAUGCACGUUAUAUUCGGGACCGUAUUGAGGAGAUACGUCUGGAGGGCAAUCCCAUCAUCUUGGGAAAGUACCCUAACAGUUUUAUCUGUUUAAAGAAAUUGCCUGUAGGAUCAUACUUUUAACCAUUAUUAAUGCAGCAUAUAAGCUAAAGUACCCAUAUUCUUAUAAAUGUCUCAACAAUGUUUAAGGGAGCAUAUUCUUUUAAUAUUAACUUAUAACCCACUAUGAAGCAAUUUUGUUUUAAGCAAGGAUGUUCAAAAAUCUUAAUAUAACAACAGGUAAAAAGGAACACUGAAUCAAUAAGUCCAAAUCAAAAUAAUAUGAAAAUAUUUAAUAGCAUUACAAAAUCCUUGCAGUUUACAAUAGUGUUUGCCAUUCAAAAGUAUGUUCUUACAUUAACACCCAAAUUUGAGAGGAAUUAUUUUCAUUAUUAAUGAAAUGAGAGGAUGAGUCCAAGAAACUUUCAAUUGUCUUUCUUUCUCGGCCUUUAUUGUAUCCCUAAAGCACUUAACACAGACAUUCCAAAAACUUUGAAAAUGACCUCACACUCUUCUUUUAUGAUACACAUAUUAUUAUGAAGUAGAAACUUUGUGUUCUUCCUACCAAG